UGGGCACAUGCUGAUGCCCCUGAGUGGGCUGCUCUGGUGGUGGUGGUGCUGCUGCUUCUGUGCCUGGUACUGCUGUGGAUUGUGCACCCCAGCUCCCCAGAUGUUGCGCCACCAGGGUCUCCUCAAGUGCCGCUGCCGCAUGCUCUUCAAUGACCUGAAGGUUUUCCUCCUGCGGCGCCCCCCUCCAGCGCCCCUGCCCAUGCACAGCGAACCCCAGCUCCCUGGUUUGGCAGCCAACAACAACACCCUUCCGGCUCUGGGUGCCGGGGGGUGGGCAGGCUGGAGGGGCCCUCGAGAAGGGGUGGGCAGGGAGACUCCUCCUCUGCCACCUCCACCACCUUUGCCACCUUAUCUGGAAGAUGACUGGGGUGGCCCAGCCACAGAGCCACCUGCCUCGCUGCUCAGCAGUGCCUCCUCAGAUGACUUCUGUAAGGGGAAGGCUGAGGAUCGCUACUCACUGGGCAGCAGCCUGGACAGUGGCAUGAGGACCCCUCUCUGUCGUAUCUGUUUCCAGGGGCCAGAACAGGGGGAGCUGCUGAGCCCGUGCCGCUGCGAUGGCUCCGUCAAGUGCACGCACCAGCCUUGCCUCAUCAAGUGGAUCAGCGAGCGGGGCUGCUGGAGCUGCGAGCUGUGCUACUACAAGUACCACGUCAUCGCCAUAAGCACAAAGAAUCCUCUGCAGUGGCAGGCCAUCUCUCUGACAGUCAUUGAGAAGGUUCAGAUCGCAGCUGCCAUCCUGGGCUCCCUGUUCCUCAUCGCCAGUAUCUCUUGGCUCAUCUGGUCAACCUUCAGUCCCUCAGCAAAAUGGCAGCGCCACGACCUCCUCUUCCAGAUCUGUUAUGGGAUGUAUGGAUUCAUGGACGUGGUGUGCAUAGGUCUCAUCAUCCACGAGGGACCCUCCGUGUACCGCAUCUUUAAACGGUGGCAGGCUGUCAACCAGCAGUGGAAAGUGCUGAACUAUGACAAGGCGAAAGACCUGGAGGAUCAAAAGGCAGGAGGCAGGACAAACCCCAGGACCUCCUCAUCCACCCAGGCCAAUGCCCCCUCCUCAGAAGAGGAGGCUGCGGGCACCCCUGCCCCUGAGGAGGGCCCUGCCCGCGAGGCCAGCCACCACCCCUCAGGCCCUCUGUCCGAUCACCACUGUGCUUACACCAUCCUGCACAUCUUGAGUCACUUAAGGCCUCAUGAACAGCGGAGCCCCCAGGGCGGCAGCCGGGAGCUGGUCAUGAGGGUCACGACGGUGUGAGGGGAGGGACCUGGAGGGAGGCGUGACCACGCACGCGCGCUCGCUCACGCACAGGAGAGAGGAGAGGAUGGGCUGGGAAGGGCGGACCCGAC